AUGUCUGCUACUGCAGUAGAACAAAUGAGUAACAAUACUCAAAUUGUCAGUUGGGAAUUUGUUCAACUUUAUUACAAGACUCUUAAUGAAAAACCAGAAAUCAUGAAAGACUUUUAUAAGAAUCAAUCCAAACUAAUCAGGGGAGAAGAGGGAGAACCCAUCAGCGUGUGUCAAGGCUUAAAGGAAAUUGAUAAUAAUAUUUUGCAAAAAAAAUACAAGAAUGUGAUAGUUGAUUUUACAAAUAUCGACUGUCUUGAAGUAUUUGAAAAAAAGAUUUUAUUGCAAGUCCUUGGUUCUUUGUCUAAUAAUGGAGAUCCGCCCAGAAAAUUUGUUCAAACCGUAAUCCUUGAUACGCAACCCAAUGGUUACUAUGUGUUACAAGACAUUUUUCGUUAUUUGAAUGAUGAUGUAAAGAACACAUUUGAUGUCGAAGAAGAAUCAUCGUCACAACUUGUUGAAGAAAUAAACACCAACGACACCAAUAAUAAUAAUGCUGCGGCACCAACAACCUCAUCCACAGUAAAUAUUGAUAGUGCAUCUAAAGAAUCAUCAAUUAAUGGUGGCACUGACAAUAAUGUAGAAAAUCAUUUGAAAUCACAAAUAAACACCACUAAUAAAAUUAACAAUACUGUUGAAGAAAAAUCUAACGAUACAGCAGAAAAUGAUAAAUCUACUACUACCACCACCAACAACGACAAUCAAAAUCAAAAUAAUAAUAUACCAAAAGUAACUACUGGCGUUACAAAUAAAGUUAUCACUUCAUCUAGUCCUCAAAUAAACACAAGCGUACCAUCAAACAAAACAUCUACUAACACUAAACUAACUUCAUGGGCUACCGUUGUCAGCAGUCCUACUGCCACCGAUAAUAAAAAUCAAUUAUCAUUAUAUGUUCGAUGGAAUAAUGGCGGUGAUGUAAAUGUAACUCAUGGUGCACUUCUUGAUUUGUUUAAAAAAUAUGGGGAAAUAAGAAAUUUUAAUCUCGUCGAGAAAAAGAAAAAAACAUUCACUGAUCAAAAUUUGUUAGGAUCUACAACAAUCAUUGUCGAAGAGCGAAUGUCACAUGGUGGCGGCAGAGGCGGCGGCGAUAGACGCAAUAGCAAUAGUAUGGGUCGUCCACCUUCUUCCAGAAGUUAA